GGUCACUCUGAUUAAUAGUUAAAUAGAUGUGCUAAACAUUUAAGUAAACAAAAAAAUGGAUUAUAAACAAAAAUAUGCAAGAUUAAAACAUCGCGUUAAAAAUUAUGUUCUGGAAAACACCUCUAUCAUUGAUGAAGUUUGCAUUUUGCAAGCGGAACUCGCUGCAGCACGGUCUGAAAGAUUGUACCUCAUUGAAAAACUUAUGUUUUAUGAAGGAUUAGAUAAAAGUGCAAUUGGACAAAUUCCCUUAUCAAACGACAGCCGCGAACUGACCCAUAAAUAUACCGGAGAAAAACAGAUCAUCGCUAAGAAAAUUAAUAAGCAUAAGAUCAAAGAGAUUUCCAAAGUUCCUCCGAAGACAUCAAUGUUUCCAUUGAAACUUCAUAAUAUCCUCAUCCACACACUUGGCGAAAUCCUACCAGCCAAUCCCAAUUUCCAUACUAGUCAAUGGAUAUAUCCAGUUGGCUAUGUGGCGACAAGGAUCUUCGCACAUCCAAGAGAUCCUCGAAAAAAAUGCGUCUUUACUUGUAAAAUUCUUAACAAUGCUGGAGUUCCGCAGUUCCAACUGAUUCCCGAUAACGAUUUGGAUGGAGUUUUCUUUGGAGAAACUGCUAACAUAUGUCACCAAGAAUUAUUGAAUAGUAUUCAGGGCUCAAUGAAAGACACUUCAAGAGUGUCAUUACAAGCAAAGGGAGAAUCUUUCUUCGGACUCUCAAAUUCAAGGGUUCAAUCACUUUUAUUGUCGGACCCGAGAAUAGAACAAUGUGUCAAGUUUAAGGGGUAUUCAAAUGAUAAUAUUAAUGAAAUGUAUGAGAAUACAGAUCCAACAUUAUCUUUUGCAGAGCUUCAAAUCUAUUUGACAUGACAAAAGUAGGUUUUAUUAGAAUAGAAAAAUAAAUAAUUUUGAAUGAACGAAAACAGAUUUAUUUUUGUAUUUAUUUUGUUUUUAUUUUACAAAUAUGCAUUAUAAUAAUAUACAUUCUAUUACAUAAAAUGUGCCAUUUAAUUCAAAUAAUUUAAGAAAUUUUAUUGAAUUACAUGAAGGUGAUUAUAAUCAAGUUUGUAAA